GCGCGGGGACACGAACCCGUGAAGCGAGUCGGGCGUGGGGUUCGCACGGAGCGGACGCUUCAACCGACGACCAAAAUACGGCGCCCUUCCUCUUCGGGCACCUCGGGUUCACCCACAGGGUUCCACAGGGGUGGCGGGGCGGAAAGUCCCCUCGGUAAGAAGGGAAGGCGCUCGCUCGAGGAGAUGGCUUCGGUGUACACCCUCAGCGUGAUCGCGGCGUGGUACUUCAGCAAUAUCGGCGUCAUCCUGCUGAACAAGUAUCUCCUCUCCGUCUAUGGGUUCCGCUAUCCAAUCUUCCUCACGAUGAUGCACAUGGUCAUGUGCGCGUUCCUCUCCAUGACGGUCCGCGCGUCCGGAAUCGUGCCAAAGCAGGCCAUCAAGGGCAGGAAACACGCCAUCAAGAUCGCCGUCCUCGCCGUGGUCUUCGUCGCGUCGGUGGUGGGCGGCAACAUCUCGCUGCGUUUCAUCCCGGUGUCGUUCAACCAGGCCAUCGGCGCCACCACGCCGUUCUUCACCGCGCUCCUGUCCCUGUUCAUCAUGCGGCACAAGGAGAGCACGCAGACCUACAUGACUUUGAUACCGAUCGUGCUGGGGAUCAUGAUCGCGUCCAAGGCCGAGCCGCUGUUCCACCCCGUGGGUUUUGUUGCUUGUUUUUCGGCCACGUUUGCGAGGGCGUUAAAGUCCGUGCUGCAGGGGCUGCUGCUGACGAGCGAUAACGAGAAGCUCGAUUCGUUGAACUUGCUGAUGUACAUGUCUCCGGUGGCGCUGUUCGUGCUUGUGGCCAGCGCCAACAUCAUGGAACCGGAUGCCUUUGGCGUAUUUUACCAGAACUGUCUCGACUCCCCGCAGUUCUUCUUCACGCUCACGCUCAACUGCGUUCUAGCCUUCAGCGUGAACCUGACCAACUUCCUGGUCACCAAGUGCACGAGCCCACUGACGCUGCAGGUGCUCGGGAACGCGAAGGGCGCCGUGGCUGUCGUGGUGUCCAUCAUUUUGUUCAGGAAUCCGGUUUCAGGGAUUGGCAUGGUUGGCUACGGCAUCACCAUCGCGGGGGUGGUGGCGUACUCAGAGGCGAAAAAACGGGGGAAGGAGGCGGCGGCGAAGCGGAUGGGCCGGGGCGCUAGCAGCGGGGUGCUGGAACUUCUGGGCAACGAGGGCGAAGCCGAUAGACAGAGGUCCGGAUCCAAGCUCUCUCAGAUGGCUUGAACCUAAUUAGCGCGAGCGAACGUUUUGUGGAGGUGACUCACAUAUACAC